AUGGUUGAGGCCAUGGCAGAGCCUGUGGCCGCCACCGGAGCGCGGUCCAGCUCUCCAGGCAAGGGGCCGGCAGAGUUGAAAAGCAGGCCAUCCAGCAAGAAUAUGAGCAGGCCUUCUAGCAACGGUUCGGUAAAGCGCGCGUCGGGGCUGAGAGAGUCGCUCAACGGGACGCCGUCAAGACGGCCAUCGACUUUGGGGAAAGGCAGGCCAAGCAGCCGGGAGAAGGGUUCCAAGGGGGCCACUAGGGUGUCACAGGAGAAUGGGGUGUCGCUAGACAGUCUGGUGGAGAGACCAAAGCCGGUCGCGGGAGUGGAGAGCUUGUUCUUGACAGGGACCACGUUGAAGAUCAUUGGUUUGGAGGGAGAACUAGGCUCGGAUGCCCUGAAGGAGCUCCCACUUAAAGUGCUGCUAGACGACAUCCAGUUCAGGGGCGCGAUCUCUGACUUCCACCCAAUUAGGGAGAAGCUGAAGAAUUAUGUUGGAGAAAGCGUCCUUCUCCGAUACAAUGGGGAUGACAGAUAUGGGGAUGGCAAUAACUUUGAGGUGUGCACAACGGCAGAGACAAAGGCUGCAUUGGAAAACGAGCUGGCUGAAAGGUUGGCCGCAGCCGCUGCGGCAGAGGCGGCAAAUUUGGAGGAAGAAAAGGCAGGCAAGAAGAAGAAGAAGGUCUUGUCCAAGCCAUGGACAAGCCUGGGCAGCGAGCAGGACAUAGCAGAGGAAGCGGUGCAACCAACCAGGGACCAGAUCGACAUGCUCAUCUCACGGAAACGGCGAGAAUUUGGACGCCCGGCGCGGCUGUCGGACAAGGACGCGCACGAGCUGUGGAACUCGAGCCACAUGGAGUGCCGUCCGUACAAGGACGCUACGUUUACCAAACGGCGCAUGGAGCACGAUAAGGGCACGCAGGCGAUCCCCGCCGUGCAAGAAGCCGCAGCGCAGACCAAUAGGGUCCGGCUGCAGAACCUCGCGGUGCAGUACGCGCCGCACGACCUGGACGCGGUGGCGAAGCAGCGGCUGUCGGAUGUGGUGCAGACUGAAGCGUGGCUAGAUACGUCGCACCCCUUCCGAAACCCUGCGCUGACGUCAUCUCCCUUUUUCCACAGGGUCCGGCUGCAGAACCGCGCGGUGCAGUACGCGCCGCACGACCUGGACUCGGUGGCGAAGCAGCGGCUGGCGGGCAGCGGCGCGAUGCGCGACUUUCUGGGGGCGGUGACGCCGCGGUACGAGCUGGCGCUGCAGCAGAACGAGGUGCUGGACAUCUUUGAGGACGAGUUUGCGAACCUGGCGGACGACGAGGGGGGGGCGGGCAGCAGCAAGAGCAACAGUGCCAUCACGGAGUACCAGUCGUUCACGGACCUCGUGUACAACAAAGGUCGCGUCGUAUCUGCUAUUGACUGGCUGCCCAACCGCAAGGGCGUCAUCGCGGUCGCGGCCGCGGAGCCCGCCUCCUUCGCAGAGCGCGUCGAAACCUCCGGGCGCGUGCACACGUCAGCGGUCCUCGUCUGGAACUUCACCGACCCCAUCCACCCCCAGUUUGUCCUAGAGUCUCCCUCGGACGUCCUCACCUUCCGCUUCAACCCCUCCAAGCCGGACCUCAUCGCCGGCGGCUGCUAUAACGGUCAGGUGAUCGCGUGGGACACGGCGUCGAUCCAGGAGCAGGUGUUCCGCAAGGAGAAGCGCGGGGGCGACGACGAGGACCGCGCGGAGCGCGACGGCUCGCACGUGCCGGUCGUGAAGCAUUUAAUGCUGAGCAGCCUGGACGCGAGCCACGCGCUGCCGGUCGCCGAUUUACACUGGCUCCCCGGGCACACCGAAGUGGACGCCCGGGGAAAAGUGUCGGUGAACAAGGCCGGGGAGACGAACGUGUUUGGAACGAUAGCGCCAGACGGCCGGCUGCUCUUUUGGGACGUCCGAAUAAAGCCGGACCGCCGAAGCACUCCCCCAAAGGCGACCGCGACGGCCCCCCGGGGUCCAGCGGCCCCAGCAGUAGAAGAGUGGACGUGGAGCCCGGUGUUCGAGAUCCGGAUGAACCGGGUGGAGGGGUCCGGGCAACUGGGGGGCGUGCGGGUCGAGCUGUCGCGGCUGGCGUCGGGGAGCACGCAAUUUGUCUGUGGGGCGGAGGACGGCCAAGUCGUGUUCGCGGACCUGUCCCCCCUGGUCCCCCCGGAGCACGGCGAGGCGCCCAACUACGUGCGUGCGUCGGCCGACGCGCACUGCGGGCACGUGCGCGCGCUGCAGCGCUCGCCCGCGUUCGAUGACGUCAUCAUGACGGUGGGCGACUGGACGUUCAAGCUGUGGCGCGAGGGCAGCGCGCGCCCGAUCUUCGAGUCGCCGUGCGCGGACGCGUACAUCACGUGCGCGCUCUGGAGCCCCUCGCGGCCGGCCGUCAUCUACCUGGGGCUGCAGGACGGCAGCAUCCAGGUGUGGGACUUUCUGGACCGCAGCAACGAGCCGUUCAUGGUGGUCCCCGCGAGCGCGGCCGCGGUCACGUGCCUCGAGUUUUGGAACCAGGCGUCGCCGCAGCUGCUGGGCGUGGGCGACGCGCAGGGUAUCCUGCACAUCAUGGAGAUCCCGCGCAGCCUGCGCCGGCCGCUGCACAAGGAGGCAAGCGGCUCUAGACUUUACAGGGAUCAGACCUCGGUGUUUUAA